CUAUAAUUAGCCUUCCUUUAUUUACAUGUCAAAAACAUAUUCGCUGUUAUGAAAAAAAUGGAGAAAUGCUUUAUACAUUUCAAUGCGAUAUGCUCUGUAUAACGCGAACCAGUGUUUGUCGGAUUUAUAUGUAUAUACACAAUCGGUAUAAACCGUACACACCAGUUGUUACAAGCUAGCAAGCAGACUGGUGUUCUCAAGGAUAGCGCCUGGUUAUAGCCUUCUCCUAUGGACGGUACCGAGCAACCAUCGAGUGUCUACCCCAAAAUGGCCACAUGCUUGGUUGUUGAUGACUUAUGGCAGGUUCUCCGACCCUGUGGUCGCUAUCAGCUGGUUCAAGUUCCUGCCAUCCUGCUGGGUUUUCUUCCUGUUGCGUAUGGAAUGCUGAUCCAUGUUUUCAUAGGAUACACUCCAGACUUCCAGUGUAGAAACCUGAGUAAGCCGUUGACUGAGUAUGGUAUUAACUUGUCCAGCAAUGAAAGUACAUACAACAUCAUGUAUGGCCAGUGCCAGAUAACGAUUCAAGAGAAUGGUACAAUCGGACAGCAGACAGAACUUCCUUGCCCAAAUGGACAUCACUUCAGUACACAGCAAACCCAGUCGACGAUCGUGACAGAGUGGGAUCUGGUGUGCGAUAAACAGGGGCUCGGUGAGCUUAGCCAGACCCUUGUCAUGGUUGGACAGAUCGUCGGGGCGGUAUUUCUGUCUCCACUUCCAGAUAGAUACGGUCGCAAACCCGUCAUGCACUUCCUACUCGUAAGUUUGUAUAUUCUAUCUAUGAAUAGUUUACGUGGUAUAAAUCUGUCUUUGUUGCAGUGUCUAAACACGACAGUCCCUGUGAUGUGUCUUGAGCUCUUCUCUACCGAGUAUAGGGGUUUUGCAGGCGUCAUCACCAAUACCAUGUGGUCGACAAGUGUCAUAUCUCUCACCCUGUUCGGCUACUUCCUGAAGGAUCUAUCCUGGCGGUAUAUUCAGCUGAUUUCUGCUUUGAGUUGCGUGUUAGGUCUAUUCUCAUUCUGGACUUUGGACGAGUCUCUAAGGUGGCUGGUGGCCAACAACAGAAGAGCAGAAGCCAUGGCUCUAGUACGGAAGGUCGCAAAACGUAACAAUGUAUCCGAGGCAAAGGCUGUGUACUUGCUCGAGAAAAUUUUGGAAAGGUUCACGAUUACCAUAGAAUCCACUCAAACCGGCCGUACACAAGACAAAGAUUUAACAGUGAUGUCAUCUAUGACUGCUACUAAUGACCCUAUUGAUGUACUGGCACCUUUGACAGAGAACGAAAGGAGUCAGUUUGAAAUGCAAACACAUGAAACCGUAGGAAAUGAAGACAAUGAAAACUCCCUACUAGGGAUUCCAGAAAGAGAGCACAUGCGAGAAUGUGAAAGAACAAUAAAAGAAAAGUUUGAUCAAACAAUAACAGAAAGAGAAGAUUUGCUGAAAGCAAAAGAACAAAGAGACAAAGAGGAACAUAUAUCUUACUUGGAUGUUUUCAGAAAUAGGAAACUGCUCCGCAAUACCCUAGUGCUGAGCUUAUGUUGGUGGGUCGUUAUGCAAUACAUAUCAGUAAACACAAACAGAUUAACCUCAACUAUCUCAUUUAUUAUAUGUACCAAAGUGACGAAAAAAUCGAUAACAUCACAAUAUGGGCAUAAUUAUGUAUUAGUCUUUAUUAUGAGUAAAAUUAUCUGUAAUGAAACCACCAUACCACCAUGUGCCCAGGAGAAAUACCUUCAGUGCAACAAUAUAAGUACAUGUAUAAUCCUGUACAGGACUUUGGACGAGUCUCUAAGGUGGCUGGUGGCCAACAACAGAAGAGCAGAAGCCAUGGCUCUAGUACGAAAGGUCGCAAAACGUAACAAUGUAUCCAAGGUAAAGGCUGUGUACUUGCUCGAGAAAAUUUUGGAAAGGUUCACGAUUACCAUAGAAUCCACUCAAACCGGCCGUACACAAGACAAAGAUUUAACAGUGAUGUCAUCUAUGACUGAUACUAAUGACCCUAUUGAUGUACUGGCACCUUUGACAGAGAACGAAAGGAGUCAGUUUGAAAUGCAAACACAGGAAACCGUAGGAAAUGAAGACAAUGCAAACUCCCUACUAGGUAUUCCAGAAAGAGAGCACAUGCGAGAAUGUGAAAGAACAAUAAAAGAAAAAUGUGAUCAAACAACUACAGAAAGAGAAGAUUUGCUGAAAGCAAAAGAACAAAGAGACAAAGAGGAACAUAUAUCUUACUUGGAUGUUUUCAGAAAUAGGAAACUGCUCCGCAAUACCCUAGUGCUGAGCUUAUGUUGGUUUUCGUCUAGUUUUGGCUACAUGGGAUUGUUCCUGGUGCCCUUCUCAUUCACACACAACAUCAAUAUCAACUUCUUCAUCAACGCCAUCGUCGAGUUUCCGGGAUUAUUAAUCAUGCUGUUAUUAAUUAACAGAAUUGGUCGGAGGUGGUUGACCAUGGCAUACUUUGGACUAGCCGGCGUUGCCAUAGUAGUGGCUGUCAGCAUUUUACUCCUAAAUUCAAAAAGUAACGAGACCACUCAGACUAUGGGAGCUGUAGGGAUCUACAUAGGGAAAUUCUCUAUCUCUGGUGUCGUUGCUAUGUUGUAUAUAUACACACCAGAACUUUUUCCAACCAACGUCAGAAAUAUCGGUUACGGUAUAACAGGCUGUGCAGGAAGACUUGGUGCUAUGACAGCUCCAUUUUUAAAUGUGUUGGCAUCAGCUGCUGAGUGGGCUCCUGCAGCAGCCUUAAGUGCCACAUUCGUUUUGGCACUAUGCUCUCUACUUCUCCUGCCAGAAACCAAAGGGAAGGAACUCCCACAGACAUUACAUGAGUUUGUGUUGAUGGAAGGAAAUGACAAAAAAUCAAAAUUGUGUAAUCCAUGUACAUGUGCACACUCUUGCUUAUGUUGUUAGCUUGUGAAGUCUGCGGUCCAAAUUAUAAGUUUAUCUGUAGUUAUGUUAGCUAAGUUCAAUUAAGUUACGGAACAAUUCUUGAUCAAAAUUGUUCAAGCAAUUAUUAGCAGAAACUGCUUUCAUUCAAAAAGAUAUUUGUUUUAUUGAAGUAUAUAUACCGUAAUACACUUAUCCCUGUAUAGUACAUGCACAUAUUAAUGCACGUCUCGCACGAACCUAAUGACUCCAAAUAUUGUUAAUGCAGUAAUCCUUGUUAAAAAGGCUUAGAAAUUGCUGAUCAUCAAAACUGACAAGGGGACUAAGAAAAGUACUACAUCAGACAAUUUUGACCACAAUCUGACAAUUCCUUCACAAGAUUUAUCACACCGAAAGCAAAAGCCAGACAGAUGGAUGGACAAGCUGAUUACUAAAGGGCAGCACAUCUUCGAUGCAGGGCUCCAAUAAGGUUGUUAACGCCAUUACUGUGACAUGGCGGCUUAUAUUAGAUUUUCUCUUUCUCUUAUUACAAAAAAUUGGUGAGUCUGCCCACCCUUGAUUCAAGCACUGGAUGAAUUCUUGAAAAAGGCGGAUUCCUGAAUUUUGGUUGUAAAUUAGUUGUUCUAGGGACGAGGACUUAGACAAGAGAUCCCAGAGGAAUCUUGUCGCCGACCACUGUGCAAUCUUCAUUAGUUCUAUGUCAGUUCUAUCUUUUCUCUUAUUUCUGCACCUUGAGGUAACCAUUUUGUUUAUUCCAUCAAAUCUCAAAAGUGAACAUGCACAAUUAACGACCAAGGAAAACCUACAUAACAAAUUUGAGAAAACAUUUCCAGUAUUUCAUUAAAAAUAGCGAAAAAAAACAUUCACUGUCAAAAUCCA